AGUAUAGCCGAGCAGCAGUCUCGAUUCUCCUCUUCUUUCGACAAGCAGGAAAAUUAAUUUCCUAUUAAAAUCACAUUUCGCUCUCGUUAUUUUAUAUAGAAAAAAAAAAGAGAGAGAAAGAAAGGAACAAAACUCCGGCUGAUUAGUCACCCAUCGCUUGUCAUUGAAUGCAUAUUCAUGCUUUUGAGCAAUGGACGAUUCCUCAAUAUUGUCGCCUACACAGAAAUAUGCAGCGGCUGCUCUGUUUACGCUCGCACUUAACCGGACACAAGUCCAUCAAACUGGAAAUCGGAACGACGCAAUUAAUCGCAACAAAGAAACCAUACGUGAAGGCGGGGCGAAAAUUGCCGUUUCAGACAAUCCCGAUCUCUGGAUUCACGAUAAAUUUAGUCUGCUCUGGCCUGUUUUUAGGUCCCUUGGGGUGGAUGACAAGGCCUUGCAAGGCCUAAAGCAAACCGCUAGUUCCUCUUCACAAUUUUGGCAUCAUUUGGGAGCUUUCUUGACAUUGCUGUCGGAGGAAGGUGAUGGUGCCUCUUUAGACCGACUGGAUAAAGAGCUUGCUUUGACAAAAGCUAUUGAUGCUACGGCUGUCAGCAUGGAGGGUGUCCCUGAUUCUAAAGAGGUGGAAUUUAAGAAUCUCGAGGACAAAGCUAGAGGCCAAGACAAUUUUUGCAAUACCAAGGCAUCGUCCUCUGUUGUGGCUACUGCUAAGCCUCAUGAGACCAAGGAGAACUCAGCUCUGCAUGUGUCCACGGAGACAGCACCUUCCACGGGACCUGAAAAUGACGCUUUCGAUCAACCUAUAAAGGAGGCGAAUCUUAUCAGUUACCAGAGGAAAAUGACUGUUCUUUAUACACUUCUUUCAGCUUGUGUGGCAGAUACUGCUGAAGUUGACGAGCAAUGCUCUCAUUCAAGACAGGGCUAUGACGCUCGACACCGUGUAGCUCUGCGGCUGCUUUCUACAUGGCUUGGGGUUAAGUGGAUUGAAAUGGAAGCAAUGGAGAAGACAGUUGUUUUUUCUAUAAUGGAUUUGGCGAGGGAAAAAAAUGCAAAUGAAGAAGAACCUUUAGCUUUGGAAAGUAACUGGGACAAAUGGAAGCGUGGAGGUAUAAUUGGAGCAGCUGCUGUCACUGGAGGAACCUUAAUGGCUAUAACCGGGGGUUUGGCUGCCCCAGCAAUUGCACAUGGGUUGGGUGCUUUGGCUCCUAGCUUGGGUACUCUUAUUCCUGCCGUUGGAGGCGGAAUUGCUACAGCAGCAACUGCUACAGGAUCUGUUGCUGGCUCUGUUGCCGUUGCUGCAUCAUUUGGAGCUGCUGGAGCUGGCCUAACUGGAAGUAAAAUGGCUGUGAGAAUCGGAAGCCUUGAGGAAUUUGAGUUAAAAGAAGUUGGAGGCAACUUUCAAGGUUGUCUAGCUGUUGGAAUCUACAUAUCUGGUCUUGCAUUUGAGGAGGAAGAUUUCUUAAAACCUUGGGAAGGUCAAAAUGGUGAUUUAGAGAGGUAUGUGCUUCAAUGGGAGUCCAAUAAUUUGAUUGCGCUGAGCACAGCUAUCAAGGACUGGCUUACAUCACAAAUGGUUAAGGAGUUGAUCACAAAAGGUGCAAUGACGACAGUAUUAAGUUCACUUGUGACAGCGUUGGCAUGGCCAGCAACUUUAAUUAGUACCUUUGAUCUUAUAGACAACAAAUGGGCAAUUGCAGCAGACAGAUCUGACAAGGCUGGUAAGGUGCUUGCUGAAGUGUUGCUAAAAGGACUGCAAGGAAACCGACCUGUGACACUAGUUGGCUUUUCACUGGGGGCUCGCGUUAUUUUCAAGUGUCUGCAAUAUUUGGCUGAGUCUGAAGGAGACAAUGCUGGACUUGUUGAAAGGGCUGUUAUCUUGGGAGCACCAAUCUCAAUUAAAGACGAAAAUUGGGAGUCAGCUAGAAAGAUGGUGGCUGGAAGGUUUGUGAACGUUUAUUCUACAAAUGACUGGACACUGGCAAUAGCAUUCCGUGCUAGUUUGCUUUCUCAAGGAUUGGCUGGAAUUCAACCUGUUGAUCAUCUUCCUGGCGUUGAGAAUGUUGAUGUGACGCAACUUAUAGAGGGCCAUAAUUCAUACCUCUGCAUGACAAAGCAAAUACUGGAGCAGCUUGAAUUGGACAACUAUUACGCUGUUUUCGGAAGUGGAUAUAAAAUCACUCAGGAAGAAUGUGUCACAAAGCCUAGCUAAUUACUAGUUACUCUCUUUCCUUUGCUCUUCCUCACUCCCCGACUUUUGCCUUCCCAUUUUUAUUUCUUUUGAUUUGCGAUUAUUAUAGAUGGAAAGAAAAUAGAGUUCAGAAGUAAUUGUUGGCGGAAGAGACAGAUGGAUCUGACCGAGACACGAGGACAUUGUGACCAAGAAGCAUGCAAACCCACUUGUUGAUUUUAUGCUGAAAGUUUGAGGAUCCAAGCUAGCCGGGUUGAAACGCAUUCGUUUGUUAAAUUUGUCUGUGUUAAACUAAACGUUAUAGCCGGUUUUUCGACCAGAAAAACAUUAUGGCUGGUUACCUUAUAGUUUGUUGGGGAAAAAAUUUACUUUUAAAGUAUUCAUUAUCAUAUCUUUUAACAUGGUAAAUUGACAUUUUCUUAA